CCGGCAGGCACCAAGUCCACGCCUCCGCCACUUUCAGUUCAUUCGCCCCUACGCUCCCCGUCGCGUCAGGUCGCUCUCUACGCGCGCACCCCCAGUCAGUCCCACCUCCCACGCGCACGGCACGGCGCACCCCCAAUGGCGUGGGACUAACGCGCGGCUCGACUCACAAUCCCGUCACACGUCCAUCGUUCUCGCUUUCUCUGGAAACCGGAACACCCCCCAUUUCUACGGUCCAGCUUAGCUGUUCGCUCUACAGUUUGGUCGGCAGUCGUCACCGUCGUCGGCCGGCGCGCUCCGUGCCCGCCGCCGCGGCGGGCGGUUUUGACCUCCCGCCUCGCGCUCGCCUCGGUUGCGGUUGCCAGGCAGUUACUUACCUUACACCACGGCAGCAGCGACUGCCUUCCGCUUCCGCUUCCGCACCAACCCCACCACCACCACCACCACCGUCACCGCCACCACAGCAACCCAACAAACCGCGGAGAGGCGAGGGGCGGUUGCUCUACUGCUGCUCCCUCCCUCCUAGCGCCGCGCUGCUGCUGCUCAUCCUAGCAGCCGCCGCCUCCCCUCCCCUUCUAGCGCUUCGCGUCGUGUCGUUUAGCAGUCAGGAGAGUGCUCCACCCUGCUUUCCCCCUCCGGGGUUCGUUAUUUCGUGGCUUGCGGCGGCCCCAAAUCCUAUCUACCGCCGGAGAGGCGCCGUUCGCUUUUGAUCGAUCCUGUCGGCCGGCGCGGAUGGAGGCGCUCAAGAAGCAGGCCAGCAAGCUCCGGGAGCACGUCGCCAAGCAGCAGCAGGCGGUUCGCAAGACGUUCAGCGCACGCCAUAAUCAAGACACUUCGCUUGUUGAUGAAGCUGAACUUGAGUGCCACCAGAAUCUCCAGAAGCUUUAUAAUACCACAAGAGCAGCUAAACAUUUCCAACGAACCAUUGUACGAGGACUGGAGGGUUUUGUUGCUGUUAGCACCAAACAGAUGGAGAUAGUGAAAAAGCUAGCUGAGGAUUGUUGCAAAUAUGGAAACAACAAUCAAAAUCUUGGUUUUGUUCUUGGAAAGGCUUCAGUUGAGUUUGGUAAAUCCCACAGCCAAAUGGAGAUAGAGCGGGAGAAACUUCUUAGAGUUCUUGGAGAGCAGGUUUUUGAGCCUCUUCGAGAAAUGAUAAUGAGUGCUCCUCUUGAAGAUGCUCGCUUGUUAACUUAUCGCUAUCAACGGAUCAGACAAGAUAUGGAGUCUCAGAUAGCUGAUGUGGUUAGAAGGCAACUGAAGUCCAAGGAGAGUAGUGGUAAUACAGAUUCGGUGAAACUGCAACAUGCAGAGUCGAAAUUAUCAGAGCUCCGAACUACGCUGGCAGCAUUAGGAAAAGAAGCAACGGCAGCUAUGGAGGCUGUAGAGGCUCAGCAGCAACAGAUUACCUUUGACCGUCUUCUUGCAAUGGUUGAUGCCGAGAGAACUUACCAUCAGAACGUUGCUGAUAUUCUGAACAAACUUCAUGAUGAGAUACUCAAUGCAAGACCCCAUGAAGAGUCAGAUAACAAUGAUGAUGUGCCAUCAUCAGAUCCAUCAUCGGAGCCUAAAGUAUCACCGACACAUGUGCACUCAAAUAGCAUAUCAGAAGAUCCAGCAUUAACUGAAACUAGCGAACCUACAAGGAAUGGCCAGGAAGUGCAUUAUGUUGGGGAGGUAAUCCAUCCGUUUUAUGGUCAGGCUGAUGGUGAGCUCAGUAUCUCCGUGGGCGAUUUUGUUGUGGUCCGCCAGGUGUCUCCAAACGGGUGGUCGGAAGGGGAAUGCAAAGGAAAGGCAGGCUGGUUCCCAUCUGCGUACGUAGAGCAGAGGGACAAGGCCCCGGCAAGCAAGGUGAUAGAGCCUGGACGUCUGACUGCGUGACCCCUCUUUCUUCUUGUACUAAAUGGCUCCACUGCUGUUCAUCGUCCUGCUUUCUCCCCUGUACAUGAUAUGAGGUACUUGCUCAGGACUGCCUAGCAUUUUGUAGAACUUUCUUAUACCUUUCUGUGCAGAUUCUUUGUGCUGCUUAUGUAAAGAACAUAGUAGUAGUGUUUUGCCUUUAGGAUCUUCUCUUCUGUUCUUCUUUUUCUUUCUCCCACAACAAUGUGAGUAUGUAUAGAGCUAUUGGCCACGCACGGGAUGCUGCAUCCUUCCCCCUGUUAUGCGGAAAGCGUGCUUCCUGCCGAACUAGUAUUAUCGGGUUCAGAACAGUGAUGGAUAUUAUCACCACUCUUGUUUCUCUC